GAUUACCCGCCAAAGCCAUCUAGAUAUCUAGACAUCUUCUGUAACCAGUGCAACCCUCUGAGUUGUCGUGGCCAUGGGUCUCGGCAUGACGUCAGUGUACCUGCUGCUGGCCGCGGCCGGGCUUAUGUCUUCCCGCGCCGUGCUGCUCAACGUCACCACGGACGAGGUGGUGGUCGGGAAGACGACAAACGUGAGCCUGGAGUGCACCGACAACUACCACCAACACGACGUCGUGGAAGUCGUCAUGAUCAGAAUGCUGAAGAAAAGCGUCACAGGCUGGACCAGCGUCGCGGAACUUCGUGAUGACGACACGGAAGUCACGCAGACACUCCAGGGUGUGAAGGCAGAAGCCAACAAGUCCUCUCUCUACAACAGCUUUCUGCGACUCACCUGGCCCGUGGCGACAAAGGACACGAUCGGCGAAUACCGCUGUGACGUCAUCAGCCUGACGUCACAGGAGAGUUUCAACUGGCAGAAGAGCCUGCCGGCGACCAUCUACAAGAAGAAUGACGUCACGCUGAACACGCUGAGUGAGAUCGUGGAGGGGAACAGGAUGGAGAGCAUUCGGAGACUGCGCGCGCAGAGACAGAGCAUUAUGGAGGACGUGGCGAGGGCGGUGGAGGGACAGAGAGAGGGCAUUCUCAGCAACCUGUCCGCCGCUCUGGAGGACAUGGGGGACAGUUUUGAGAGCCAGCUACAGGCCCUGAGCGACACGUUCGACCGCAACAAGAGACAGUUCCCCCAUCAGCUGCUCUCGCACAAGCGACAGGUGAUGGCGCGAGUGGAGACGGCCCUGGAGCAGAACAACCGCGAGUUUCUCCGACGGACUGAGGGGCUUCUUCAGAACGUGACAGAGAUCGUGGAGCGGGGCAACUCAGAGCUGCAGCGUCAGAGAGACAGCAUUCUGGAGGACGCGAGGAAGACCGUGGCCGAGGCGAACAGAGAGUGCCUGCAGCAGAGAGACGACAUUCUGCAGAAUGUCACGGCGAUGGUACAGGCUCUGGAGGCCAGUGUCGAGAGUAGGCUCAACGCUACGGAGGUCCAGGAAAAGGUGAGGCCUUCAGAGGUCCCGGUAAAGCUGCUCCGCACGUGCGCUGACGUGCAAAGUACCAACCCCCGACCUGUGGUCACUCUCGACAACGACAUGACGGUCGUCUGCGACACCGAGACGGACCAUGGCGGUUGGAUUGUUUUCCAGAGACGUACCUCGGGCGACGUGGACUUCUAUCGUGGCUGGGCAGAAUACAAGGACGGGUUUGGAGAUCUCUAUGGAAACUUCUGGCUGGGCUUAGAGAAAAUCCACCAGCUGACAAAUAAGGGAAAUUACGAACUUCGGAUCGACUUUUCCUUCGAUGGAACCGACUACCAUGCACAAUACAACAGCUUUUCUAUCAUGGGCGAAUCGGACAACUACAAACUUCGUGUUUCUGGAUUUACUGGUAACCUGGAGGACAACAUGGACUACCACAACGGUCGUGAGUUCUCCACUAAGGACCGGGACAACGAUGAGUACAGCGGCAGCUGCGCCAAGUCGUACCACGGGGCCUGGUGGUACAACACUUGCCACAGGGUCAACCUCAACGGCGACUGGGGCAGCACCAAGUCCUCCGAGGGCCUCAACUGGAAGAGUGUGACCACCUAUACCAAAUCCGCCACCUUUAGCGAGAUGAAAAUGCGGCCAUUGUUUCAGUGAUGAAUUCAUGACGCCGAGCGAAUACUCUACUUUUUGAAUGAUAUAGUAAUAAAAAUAAUAAUAGUAUUAUUAAUUCGUUUGUUGAGGUAAUCUAUUAACGUGUUUUGGGUUCAGGUUUUAGUUAGUUAGUUUGUUUGUCUGUUUGUUUGUUUGAAGAAUAAAAAGAAAGUGAAACUACUA